AUGCUCAUCGGCCAGGCCGUCCGACUCUUCCUCCAGCUUCCCCAGCACCAACCGGGCCAAAAGAACCCCUUCACCAACGACGACCUAAUCGUAUGGAUGGCGUGCUUCGUUCUCGACACCCUCGUCUCCCUCCGCCUCGGAAAGCCCUCCCAAAUGCGAUCGCUCGAUCUCCCCGAGGCCCUCCACCCUCUCGAUGCCCGAUUCCGCGAGCUUUCCGAUCCCCAGAGCCACUCCAACAGCCCCGGCAUGACGCCCUCGCCCGUCGCCGCUCUCUUCCAGCAAUACAAAUUCGCCAGGAUCCUUAGCCACGCGCUCUCUGCCCGGACUGGCGGCGGGAGCCGUGAUCCCUCUACGGUCGGAUCUGGACCUGCCGACUUGGUGCAAUCGCUGGACCCGCCGUUCCAUUUCUGCAACGCCCUCGUGCACGGCGGCCUCGCGACCAAGGCGCCUGCAGCCUUCCUCGUGCACGCGGGGUUCCUGACGGCAUCGAUGCUCCUCGCUCCGGCAUCAAUGCCCCGGCUAAUCGACAGUCUCAUUGACGUGGUGGGCCAGUGUGUGUCUGCCGUGGGCGCUGAAACCUCGCCUCUACUACUAAGCCUCUACCUCGAGCUCGCGGUCGGGGAAGGCCGGCUCGACUGCCUCAAGCAGGACGAGAGGGCCCGCACCGUCGACCUGCUGCAGGUUCUCAAGGGCCGCUCGGAAGCGCCUCCCGUCGGCAUAGGCGCCCUCGGCCUCACUCCUCAGUCCGCGAUGGAAGGAAUGACGCCCGAGAACCAGUCGUCGUCCGCCCACAUGUUCCCAGUCGAUCCCGCGGGGAUGACGGGCGGUAGCAUGCACGCGGGCAGCUCGCUGGACGGGAGCGUCGGCUUCGGGAGCGCGCGGACGCCUACGAUGCUGCACCCGGCCAACUCGUGCCCGACGCCCGCCAGCUCUGUGCCGCCGCCGAUGAACGCCCUCAUAGGCGGCGGCAUGGCGGACGGGAGCCACCACCACCACCCUCACCCUCACCACCAGGACAUGAUGAACCUGGGGAGGAUGGCGGGAUAUCCCCUCGAUUACGAUGCGAUGCUGGACGAGCUUUCCUCGCUGGACUACGUGGAUAAUAUCGAGCCGGACCCGCAGUUCAUGGCCAACCUCGGUUUCGCGCCGGGCAGCGAGCUUAACGAGAUGUUUACGGGCCAUUAUGGCACCAUGUGA